AUGGCGAUGCUAAAAAUUGUGGGGCGGCAGAUUCUCGAUAGUCGAGGCAAUCCCACUGUGGAGGUGGAUAUCAUCACGUACAGAGGUUUGUUCCGCGCGUCAGUGCCAAGUGGCGCGUCAACUGGCCUGCACGAAGCCUGCGAGCUUCGUGACAACAAUCCACAGGAGUUCAACGGUCUUGGCGUGAAACAGGCGGUGCGCAACAUUAACGAGAUAAUUGCACCGGCACUGCUUAAAAAGGAACUUCUCGUCACUCAACAGGCCGAAAUCGACAGCUUUAUGGUCAAUGAACUAGAUGGCACGCCUAAUAAAAGCAAGUCAUUUUAG